AUGCUCAAUAUUCCUGAAAAUGCCAAAUGGGCACAGGAAGGAGUGACUGUUGCUGGUGGACGAAAGCAAGGCACUACCAUCAAUCAACUCUGCUAUCCUGAAGGUCUCUUUGUUGAUGAUCAUCAAACAGUGUUCAUUGCUGACUGGGGCAAUCAUUGUAUUAUGCAAUGGAAGAAAGAUGAUACGAAUGGAAAAAUAGUUGCUGGUGGUAAUGGCAGAGGAAGACGAUUGUAUCAACUAAAUCGUCCGAUCGAUGUGUUGAUUGAUAAAGAGAAGAAUAGUCUGAUUAUUUCGGAUCAAGGAAAUCGACGAGUGGUACGAUGGCUUCUUGUUAAUGAUAAAGCGCAAGGAGAAAUUCUCAUCGAGAACAUAUGCUGUUAUGGAUUGGCUAUGGAUGAUCAGGGAUAUCUCUACGUUUCUGAUAUCGAAGCACAUGAAGUAAGACGAUAUAAACUGGGAGCGAACGGGUUCACUCUGGUAGCUGGUGGUAAUGGUAAAGGUGCUGGUCUCAAUCAACUAAACUAUCCAACUUAUCUCUUUGUCGAUCCACAACAGAAUGUUUACGUAUCAGACUGGAACAAUCAUCGUGUAGUGAAAUGGAUUAAAGAUGCAGAAGAAGGCAUCGUCGUCGCUGGAGGUCAAGGUCACGGAAAGGGUCUGGCACAAUUGGAGUAUCCUAACGGGCUCUUCGUUGAUGCUUCGGAAACUCUCUAUGUAGCAGACUGGGGAAAUCAUCGUGUGGUUAGUUGGCCUCAGGGAGCACAACAAGGUAUCAUCAUUGUCGGUGGCAAUGGUCGUGGAAUAAAUGCAGAUCAGUUCCACUACCCGCACGAUUUGUUCUUCGAUCAGCAUCAUAAUCUCUAUGUUACUGAUUAUAAUAAUCGUCGUGUUCAGCUGUUUUCUCUCAAAAUAGACUCCUGA